AGCCAAAUACAUCCACAGUUAUCACGCAGCAUACUGAGCACAUUAUGAGAAGCGGUAUUUUGGAACUUUUUGGAAGAUACCUUUGUCGUCAAGUUGAAUCAUAUUCUACACUUGGAUCAUUUAAACGAUUUUUUUAAAUUUGUUUAAUGAUAGAUGGUCCAACUUUUCCUCGAUCAAACGCUGUCAACUCGUCUUGGACACUUUCAAAUCAAGUGAAAGUUCUUUUGAAAUAACGGCGAAAGCCGAAGUUUAAAUCCAAUUUCGCCAGAGAUAACAUCAAAAGUCAGCGUCACAAACAAACGAUAUAAUUGAAUUAUGGAUUACUGACAAGAAGUUUGGAUGACAUAUACGCAAGGUAAAGUCCAGUUUUAACUUUAUAUAAUUGAACUGAGACAAGAUAUUCACAAUGCUUCUGUUGCGACGUCACUUCAAAGCAAUAACCAUCCUCCUCAUCACCCUCAUCAUCUGCCUAUCCGUUCUCCUCAUCAUUGACGGAAUCAAAGAUAAAGUAAAUGGCAGAGAAGUUCAAGGAUUUUCAUCGUCAAUCAGGAGGCUUCGACCUGUAGAUGUGUCUGGUGUUGUCAAGGAGGUCGCAUCCCGUAUCAACAUCGACAUCACCAACCGCAACAAUGUUUCAUUCAACGAGGACGCAGUCUCUGCCGUUGGUGAUGAGAGUGACAGUGAUGAGUGGUUAGAUGAUGAUGAUGGAAUCGUGCUCUACCCUGAUGAUAACGAAGAUGAGGAUGAUGUCAAGAAUGAUGCAUUUGAUGGUGAAGUCAUUGAUGAUCACAAUGAUGGAAACGAUGAGGAUACAGAGCAGAUCCCUCAGAUGAAUAAACUAGAGCAGUUAAACAUUGACCCCGCCCUGCUAAAAACCAAGGAUAAAAUGAUCGCCAGACAGGAUCACUUACACAAGUCAUGUGAUCGUCUCGGCCUGCACAUACGCGAUCUUGACGACCCGAAGGACAUGAGCGACAUCAUUGAUCACAAAGGGAACCUGGAUACACUCUUUUGGAAUGACAAGUACAAGUUUGUUACGUCUGUAAUUUUCAAGAGUGGAUCAGGUAACUGGAAGAAGUUCUUGAAAGAGCUUGCGGCCAGGCAAGGUAACACAAUCACAAACUUCCCAUCCCAGCUGCAGAAAGCAAAGUAUAAGCCGGAUAAACCGAUAUCCAUUCUGAAGAAAACACCCCUGGAAAUCAAAUACCGACUAAAACACUACCUGAAGAUUGUGACGGUAAGGCACCCGCUUAUACGCCUCCUCUCGGGGUAUCGCGAUAAAUUCAUCGAACACACGGAUAAAUUCCGCAAGGACAUCCCAAAGAUGAUUAUCGAUUCACGUAAAGGAGACGCACGCAGGAAUGGACCAAAGCACGUGACUUUUCCCGAGUUCGCCAACUUUCUGACGCGAAAUUCGCAGAACUUGAAAAGCGGUGAUCCACACUGGACGCCACAAUACAUCCGCAGCCGACCGUGUGAGCAAAAUUAUGACGUCAUCGUUAAACUAGAAACGUCAGACGAGGAUAUCGAUUUUGUGAAGCGUGUCGUUGGUAUCGAUGAUAAAAUGUUGUUCAAAGAGGAAUAUACAGACCGGCAUACGGUGAGCAAUACUGAAUCGGUUGUUAUAUCACAUUUUCAACAGUUGAGUGAAGAAACAUUCCAAAAAGUUUGUGAUUGUUACAGCUUGGAUUUUGAACUGUUUGGCUAUUAUCGGCCGAAAAGUGUGAAAGAUGUUGGUCAAAUAUUUGAAGACUUCUUUUGAUUCAUGCGAUUGACGAUACUGUCCAGUAUCCAUCAAUGGGGAGGUUUCAUGGAGUGAUUUGUCAGGAUUUUCACUGAUAACUGUUAAAAGCUACUGAAAUCCUUGUAUCUGAUUGGCUAAGAGUACAUUUAUAAGUGAAAAUUACUGAUAUGCUUGUGAAACCUUCCUGUGGAUAAUGAAAGACUUUAUAAACAGUGGGUUAACCCGUUGACUGCUGAUUUUUAGAAUUCCCAUAGGUUUGUCGAGGAGCCACAAAGUUCCAGUGAAAAAUGGGUUAAUCAUGAUAUGAGCGAUAGAUGGAGGCCAGACAAUGGCUAGUAAAGUUUAGUGUUGAUCUUAUCACACCCCUAACCCUGGAUUUAAAGAAAAAGAUAGGAACAAACACCAUCGGACAUGAUGGCUCAGUGGUAGAGCGCCUGCCAAGUAGGCCGUGGGUUCUAUCCCCGGCCAAGUCAUACCUGAGACUUUGAAAAUGGGACCUACUGCCUCCAUGCUAGGUGCUUUGCAUUUAGAUUGGAGAAGGGUAAUGAUAACAUAAUUACAUGUAAUGCAGGGCCCACUGGAAGAACAGCUUACAGUAGAAGAAGCUACAUGUGGUAAAGAAGAGUAAUAAUUAUUUUUGUUACAUUUACAUUGCAGAUUAAGAUUGACAUACUUUGGGUAUGAUUUGUAAAAAUAUGUUUUUUCUCUGAAGAAAAUUUGAUAGACUAUAAUUCGGUUACACUUCGUAAUUCCGAAGGUUCUUUAUUCCGAAGGUUUGUAAUUCCGAAACAUGCAAAUUGCCUAUAACUCGAUGUUCGUUAAUCCGAAAACGUAAAAGGGUUCGUUAAUCCGAACAUUUGUGGCGUUAUUCCGAAGGUUCGAUAAUCCGAAAACGAAAUAAGGUUCGAUGUUCCGAAGGUUCGUUAAUCCAAAAACGAAAUAAGGUUCGUUGUUCCGAAGGUUCGUUAAUCCGAAAACGAAAUAAGGUUCGUUGUUCCGAAGGUUCGUUAGUCCGAAAACGAAAUAAGGUUAGUUAAUCAUUCAGUUUUCGGACUAACGAAACUUCGGAAUUACGAACCUCAUUUCUUUUUCGGAUUAACGAACCUUCGGAAUUACGAACCUCACUUCGUUUUCGGACUAACGAACCUUCGGAAUUACGAACCUCAUUUCGUUUUCGGACUAACGAACCUUCGGAAAAACGAACCUUCGGAAUAACGAACCUUUGGAAUAUCCGAACCUUCGGAAUAACGAAGCUUCGGAAAUACGAAUGUAUGCGAUAUAAUUCAAAGGUAAAAUGCAGUGGACCACAUACUUUUAUGUAAACAAAAGAAAAGGGUUAAAUGUAGUAUUUUAUAUGUUGUUUAUUUACAAAAUAUUACAAAAUAUUUAUAACAUACAAAAUAUACAGUUUAAUGUCCAUUAAGGGCCCAGUCUUACAAAGAGUUAUGAUUGAUCAAAUCCACCUAAACUAUAUGGAAAUCCAACAAUGUCAUGUUUUUUCCUCCAGGAAAUUUGCACAAUGUCCUUUGAAAACAAACAUAAGCACACUGAAUUUUUAAGAAAAAACAGUGAAUGUAUGAAUGUAGGUCAUAUCUAGGAAAUAUGUUGAACUAGGAUGCAUUUUAGAUGUUUAGAUGUUGACGUUGGUGGCUUUCCAUAGUUUAGAUGUUUACGUUGGCGGCUUUCCAUAGUUUAGAUGUUGACGAUGGUGGCUUUCCAUAGUUUAGAUGUUUACGUUGGCGGCUUUCCAUAGUUUAGAUGUUGACGUUGGUGGCUUUCCAUAGUUUAGAUGUUGACGUUGGCGGCUUUCCAUAGUUUAGAUGUUGACGAUGGUGGCUUUCCAUAGUUUAGAUGUUUACGUUGGCGGCUUUCCAUAGUUUAGAUGUUGACGUUGGUGGCUUUCCAUAGUUUAGAUGUUGACGAUGGUGGCUUUCCAUAGUUUAGAUGUUGACGUUGGUGACUUUCCAUAGUUUAGAUGUUUACGUUGGUGACUUUCCAUAGUUUAGAUGUUUACGUUGGUGGCUUUCCAUAGUUUAGAUGUUGACGUUGGUGGCUUUCCAUAGUUUAGAUGUUGACGUUGGUGGCUUUCCAUAGUUUAGAUGUUGACGUUGGUGGCUUUCCAUAGUUUAGAUGUUGACGUUGGUGGCUUUCCAUAGUUUAGAUGUUGACGUUGGUGGCUUUCCAUAGUUUAGAUGUUGACGUUGGUGGCUUUCCAUAGUUGUGAUUGAUUGUAACUCUUUGUAAGACAUGGCCCAGUAUUAAUCAGACACAACUUUCCAAUUUUUAACCUGGCUUGACUUGUUCAAAUUCAUGUUAUGUAAUUGUUUUAUCAAACUAUCAAUAGUGGUGAAAUAAAAAAGAGGCAAUUUGAUGUCUUAUUUAGC